CAAGUGCGAUUUGAAAUACAAAUGUACGGGUUCUUUUGAUGUUGAAAUUUCUCAGAUUUCCACUGAAAUAUAAUCAUAAAAUCCUGGGACGAGCAUUGGCUUUCUUGUUGCAAUGUUGUACUCGUAACACUUGUCUUUCACUGAUAUAUUCCCACUUCCUUGUUUGUGGAGAAGCUGUAUUACUUGACAAAAUUUUCAAAAUAUAUACGUUUAUUCCCCUGCCUCCUCUGUAUGAUUAAUCAAUUGCUGGUGAAGUAGUUGUCAAAUAUUUUAUUAGAUGCUGAUGCGUAUUCAUCUCCAUGUGUUUUUGAAAUUAGCAUGAAAAAUGGGAAAAGGUUUUUUUUAUUUUUCUAUAUUCUUUGCUUGUUGAUCAUUGCGGGUUGGAAAAAUUGAGGAAUUUACUUGUUAGGGAAACUUUUUGUAUUUUUAGUAUGAAAAUGAAUGAUAUUUGUAUAUUGCAGGAGUGGAAAAAGCAAACUAAUAACAAAAAAGAUCAAGAAAACUUGGUGGAAUUGAACAGAUUUUCAACUGAAUGGAACUACUAAAUUGCUAAACUUGCUUAGCUCCUAUUAUUUAUGAUGGUCGAGUGAGAUAUUAUGUUCUGCCAUGUCUGCUGGUCUUGUUUUUGUUAUUACGCUUUGAUUGGUACAAUGGAAUUACACUUGCAUUUUUUAGGAACAUUGUCUUCUGAUGACUACUAGUUGUGGCUGUGUAGUUGAGCUGCAUAUAUAUAUAUAUAAGCUUUGUAUAUGCCAUAUAAUGAUCAUGUGAUUACAAGUGUUUUUAAGAGGGAGUGUGAGUUCUUAUAUGUCCCACUUUAGUGUUAGUGCAUGUGUUAUGAUUCUAUUUGGGUACAAUUAGGUGGACAUAGUCUGUUGUUUCUAUCUAUUCCUCCCAUCAUCCAACGUUUAGGAAGGAAGAUUUGGAAGGAAUUGCAAAUAAAUACUACUACUUUAUUUAUCCCUGAUAAAGCUUUGUAUGGUUAGACUUUUUUUUUUUUUUGCUGCAGACAUACCUUGGAUCAAUCAAAUAAUUAGUUCAGCUACCAAAAACAGGCAAAUAAAAAAUUCGUUCUGGCAAGAAAUUUGAUAGGGGUGGUAUAUAUGGACCUUUUUCGCCCCAUUACAUCUCAAAAACAAGCAAAAGAAUCAGAGACUAUCUUCAGUUUCUGAAAGCACCUAGAAGCUACAAUUCGGAGAAGUUAGAACAUUAUGUGAUUUGAUAUGUGUAUAUAUCAAAGAAAUUCUUUUGUUUGGACAUCAACCACUUAACUAAAGGUGUUCUUUGUUGAAGCCUUGCCAGAUGACUACUAGAACAGUAGAACCAAGGUCCAUAGUUGCGAAGUGCGUUUAAAUCAUUCACUUUGUCUACUAUAUCUAUGGUAUAUGCCCUGUCUACUUUUGGUUAGUAUAGUUGAUUUCUCAUUCAUUUGGUUCGAAGCAGAGAUAGUCAUCUGAUAUAGCAAUUUUCGUGCAUAACUUCACAAUUUUUAGUUUGCCUGUCAAAUAGAUAGUGGAUCAGUGGACUCUUGAUCUCCUAGAUGCAUUUUCUUGCACUUCGUUGCCAAUUGCCAUGUCUGUUUCCGUUUUAAAUAUUUUCUAAUACAGGUUAUCCAGUGUUUUCCAUAUUGGUAUGCAUAGUUGGCUAUUUUAUUAUCUUUCUUUGACGAUACUAAGAAUAAUAUAGUGUAAAAUGAGAGUAACUGGUCCCUCUGGUAUAGCUUUGAUUAGCAGCAGGUUCUGAUAAAAAAGCAGAAGUCACAAUAAUGUUUACUGUUUACCUCCACAAAAAAUUGACGUAGCACAACCAAAAUGAUACUUUUAAUCUCUGUUUACCAUAGUGCAGUAGAGCUUAUUAAAGCAUAUGAUUAAAAAUUCAAGUACGGACAUCCUUUUCUUAUGCAUUAUUUUGCAUGGAACUUGGCAUGAUUGGAGAUAUUUGCAGUGAUAGGUAUAGCUGUAAUUUUGGUUUGAGAGUUUUCCAAUAGCUAAUUUGGUCUUUUGAAUUAAUAGCUAGUUUGGCAUGAUUUGGUCUUAUGUUAAAGUACAUGUUCUUCUUAGAGAUCAAGGAAGAUAUAGGAAUAGGAAGAAUGAGAUAGCAACAAAUGUUUUAGGUGUAUGCCCCCGUGACAUGAGAUUUACAUAUGUAUUGCCUGGAUGGGAAGGUUCUGCAGCAGAUGGUAGAGUUCUACGGGAUGCGUUAGUUAGAUCAGAUCCAUUAAUUGUUCCCAAGGGCAAGUACUUUCUUGUUGAUGCGGGUUAUGCAAAUAGCUCCGGUUUCUUAGCUCCAAAUAGGGGAGUUAGAUAUCAUCUUAGCGAGUGGUCUGCUAGUGGGAGCAAGCCUCAAAAUUUUAAAGAGUUAUUCAACCUUCGACAUUCAAUUGCUCGAAAUGUGAUUGAAAGGACAUUUGGUUUGUUCAAGAAGCGGUGGGCCAUUUUGAGAGAUGCAUCUUUUUUUGAUGUUAAGACUCAUGUCAUGAUAAUUAAUGCAUGUGCCAUCCUUCAUAAUCUUAUUCGAGUAGAACAACCAAAUGACCCUUACUUGGAUGAAGUUGAUGCUGAGAUGCGAAGAGUACAACAUGAGGUUGAUGAUGAAGAUGAAAUGGAAGAUGAAGAUGAGGAAAAUGAAAUGGAAGAUGAUGGUCCAAAUAAUGAUGGUGGUGUAAAUGCUGUUAACGAGAAUCGAAUUCGAACAGUACAACCAACUAGCGAGUGGACACAAUUUAGGAAUGCUUUAGCACGAGCAAUGUUUAUUGACUAUCAAAUUAGACAAGGCCAUCAUGGAAGUUGAAAUUUGAUAGGAAUUUAUUCGAACUUAAUUUCAUAUUAGAAUGGCCAUUUAUUGAAAAAUAGUAGCAAUGUAUAAUUGUGCUUUUCUUUC